AUGAAGUCGUGGAAGAUAUCGGGCAGUCCGCACAAGGGCCAGGCCGCGGGCGGUGCUACAGGCGGUAUUGCGGCCCGGUCGUCGAGUGCGGAUGGGAACUUUGACGCCAUGUCGAAGCAGCAGGCUGCGGCGAUCAGCGGGCCGAGGAAGCAGCAUUCCGCGCUGCAAGGGUACUCGCCGCUGAGGUACAUGCCCCCCUCGCGGUCCGCCUCCAACGACAGCAAUGCUCUGCUGAAACAGAGCAGGCGCUCGUCUCACAGUAACAACAGGCCCACUGGUGGGGCCAAUGCGGGUCACUCUGCGUCGACAACGUCCUUCACCACUGACGGUAGCGGGAAGUACUUUCAAGACCUCGACGAGGACUGGAGCGCAGUGAUCGAUGACUACAACAUGCCGAUCCCAGUGUACUUGAACGGCGGGAGCGCUGGUACGGCGGACUCGCUCUCACGGGCUUCGACACACUCGUACCCGCAAUUGCCGAACCUCACGGGCACGGGCAGUGGCAGCAGGGGGACCCCCGGGCCAGCGGUUGUGCCGGAGACGCGGACGCCCACAGAGAUCGCCCAGGAGCGCGACGUCCAGGAACUCAACUCGAUGAUGGCACGUAUCACUAAGUUCAACGCUUUGCUCAGCUCCAAACACAUACUUAACGUCAAAGAACUGAGACAACUCAGUUGGAACGGAAUUCCGAAGCCGAACAGGCCAAAAGUGUGGAAACUGCUCAUUGGCUACCUCCCGGCAAACACGAAGCGGCACGAAAGCUUUCUCCAGCGGAAACGUAAGGAGUACCGCGAUGGGAUCACACACACUUUUGACGAGCAGAACCACCAGAGGGAUAUCCCGACGUGGCAUCAGAUAGAGAUUGAUUUGCCAAGGACGAACCCAAGUAUACCGCUGUACCAGUUCAAAUCAGUGCAACACAGCUUGCAGAAGAUUUUGUACCUCUGGGCUAUAAGACACCCGGCGUCCGGUUACGUCCAGGGCAUAAACGACCUCGUCACACCUUUCUACCAGAUUUUCCUCACAGAGUACCUCCCAGCGUCUCAGAUCGACGAAGUAGCAAACAGGGACCCGGCGAUGUACAUGUCCGAGGAACAGACGGUGCAACUCGAGGCAGACACCUUCUGGUGUCUCACAAAACUGCUAGAACAGAUCACGGACAACUACAUACACGGACAACCGGGGAUCCUUAAACAGGUCAAGAACCUCUCGCAACUCGUCAAGCGGAUCGACGCAGACUUGUACGACCACUUCACCAACGAACACGUCGAGUUCAUACAGUUCGCCUUCAGGUGGAUGAACUGCCUGCUCAUGCGCGAGUUCGAGAUGGACGUCGUCAUCCGCAUGUGGGACACGUACCUGGCGGAGACGUCGCAGGAUUCAUCAGUGGGGGGUGCUACCACGGGAGCAAGCGCUGGUGCGGACCUCUCUGCACCAACAACACCGGCGCAGCGUACGGUCUCAACUUUCCAAACACCGCCGAGCAAGAUAAGAACCGAGGCUACGGUGGGGGCGUCGCCCUCGUCGCCACUCUCAGUGAGGUCCUUCUCCGCAACUACAGCGGUCACGAAAACGACGGCAAGCGGGGCCGGAUCGGACGAUGCAAGCGGAACGAGACAGUCCUCGUCCCUGAACGAGUUCCAUGUCUUCGUGUGCGCCGCGUUCUUAAUCAAGUGGAGCGACCAACUCUGCGGGAUGGAUUUUCAAGAGAUUAUUACGUUCCUGCAGAACCCGCCAACAAAGGACUGGCGGGAAUCAGAUAUCGAAAUGCUUUUGAGUGAGGCUUACAUUUGGCAGUCCCUUUACAAGGACGCGACGUCUCAUUGGCUUUGA